ACUUUUGUUUUUUACUCGACAAUGCCAGAGUGGAACACUCAGCACUAAGCCACUAACACCGAUUGAUUUUCUUUGAGGAAUUUCGUCGAGCACUUUGAUGGCGAGUAACAGAGACGAGCCUCUUUCGUACUUGAACGCACCAACAUCGUCUUCGGUGGGUGUGUCUGAGGGAGACAGUUCACAGAUUGGCAGUGCUUCUGGAAGUUUUCAGAACGAGGGAUUCCUGGGCGCCUUUGACGGCGGUGAUGAAGACUUCGGAUUUUCUCGAUCUGAGUUCCGGCAGAGUCUUCUUGUAGGAACUGUUAAGUACUACGAACGGCAUGUAUUUUUGUGCUACAAGAAACCGCAAGUAUGGCCUCCCCGCAUCGAAGCCACUGAGUUUGAUCGGUUGCCUAGGCUUUUGUCCGCCGCUCUAGCAUCCAGGAAGUGUGACAUGAAGAGACAGACUCGUCUAACUAUAUGCGAGGGACAUGAUGGAACCGAGACAUCAAAUGGAGAUGUAUUAAUCUUCCCUGACAUGAUCAGAUACAGGAGACUAACACAUUUCGAUGUUGACACAUUUGUUGAAGAAGUUCUUGUAAAAGAUGGUGAAUGGCUUCCUGGAAGCCCUGAACCACUUCGAGGAUCAUACAUUUUUGUAUGUGCUCAUGGUGCAAGGGACAAAAGAUGUGGUGUUUGUGGGCCUGCACUUGUUUCUAGAUUUAAGGAUGAGAUAGAAUCGCGUGGUGAUCAGGGUAAAGUGUCUGUUCGCCCUUGUUCACACAUUGGGGGCCACAAAUAUGCAGGAAAUGUCAUCAUAUUUGGUUCAAAUAACCAUGGGAAAGUCACAGGUCAUUGGUAUGGAUAUGUUAUGCCUGAUGAUGUUCCCACAUUACUUGAACAACACAUUGAGAAAGGUGAAAUUGUAGACUCUCUUUGGAGGGGACAGAUGGGUUUAUCAGAAGAAGAGCAAAUGAAAGCUCAAGAACAAAGGGUAAUAGCAAACGGUGGUGGCAACAUGGAAAGAAGCCUAAAAGGUGCCGCCACUGCCACCGCCAGUGAUGAAUCGAAGGUGGAGGAUGGUGGUUGUUGCCAGGAAAACGGAAGCUCCGGUGGUUGUUGCCGGAGUUCUAACUCACCGGAAAAUGUGGUGGAUUUUAAUCUUGAGAAAAGAAAAGGAAUCAAGAAUCCGAUUUCCAUCAACAUUGGUAACAAAGGAGGUUCUAGUAGUAGUGGUACUACACCACAUAAGGUAUGCAGUAUGCCAACAUGGCUUGAGACAUGGGAGAGUGAAGAUGUGUAUGCAGCUUUGGCUCUUAUUGGUGCUGCUGUCUCUGUUGCUGUUGCCUAUAACUGUUACAGACAGUUGGGAUAAAAAGGUAAUUGGAAUUUGUAGUUUUGAUGUGUGUUUGUGAAAUAUAUAAUUGAAUAUGAGUGGUAGGUAUCAAGGGUAGUAGUAAUCUGUAAACGUAUGAUUGAGAAUCAGGUGUUUUGUUCUUGAUUCUUUUGCUGGUUUUGUGCCCUAGAUUUUGUACACAACUUUGCAUUGGUUUUGAUUUGCAAUAUGAAUAAACCUUGCUUGCAUUGUAUGUA